AAAGAAUUGAUUCGGCGCGCAGCCGGUCGUGGAUGUGGUGGAGACUUGGUGAAAUCUCCCAUGGCCACAUGAGAUGCAAUGGUGCGGCCCAGGUGGCCCCCGCGAGCAGCUUCUCUGGGAUGCCUCCACAGGCUUGGCUUUGCCAACGAGGACGCUUUUCGUGACUCUGCUACUCCACCCUCGUGAGCUGCCUCUCUUCAGCUCUUGGAAGUGCCACGCGGAGCGUCUGAAUGUGACCUUUCUCGCUGCCAGCAGCCAUCGUGGUGCUCAUCGGGCCAUGUGCCAGGAGUCCUCUUUCGAGGCGGGUUUCGUUCCAGGUCCUUUGGGGAGUUCUCCCAACCGCCUUUGGCUGCUAAGCCGCUUGCUGGAGGAGCUUUCUCCUUGGAACUUCUUCUACUUGUCCCUCGAUGCGGUGUUCUUGCACCCCUUCUCAGGAUGGCAUUUCCAGGAAGAUCUGGUGGCCAUCGCAGGCACUUCUGCUGAAAUGCCAGAUGAACGUGAACACUUUUCCACUUUCUUUGCAUCUGCGAUCUGGUUGAGGUCCUUGCAGGCGGUGGCCGCUCUUCUUCACCAGGUCUCUGACGAGCCGCAGCUCUUGGGAAGCGGAUCGUUUUUGGAGGAGUCCUUGGCGCUUCAGCGUACGUUGAGCUCUACACAGGCCGCCGGCCUCGGCGGCUUCACUGUGGCAUGGGUUCAGGCAUCCGACACGCUGAUCAGCUAUGGGCGAGAGUUCUCCAUCCCCAAGCAGGUACAAGCCAUGCGCCAUCAUGGGCAUUGGUUCCGGGCCGACGGCGAAUAUGCUGCGCUGGCUGGUGAUUGGGAGCUCUUCUAUUCCAAUGGCUUUCGCACCGUGUACCACAUCAUGGACACCGGAGAGGUGACAGCUUCCAGUUCGGAUGGCCAAGGAGAAGGCAUGUUGGAGGCCGAGUCGAUGCCGCACGAAAUUCGUCGUCGUCUUCGGCGCGGCGGUCGAGGUCCUGUUCGCAGGCCGCUUCAGUGUCUUGGGUGAAGGAGCGUGGUGUGAGGGUAAGGUCUCCUCAGUAGGGUGGUCAAAGUCGGAGGACCCUUCUUUAAGGAUCAUGUUCGUUCCAUGAUGCGCAAUUGUUUAGUGCAUAAAUCAUGUUUCGAGGACCAUUCGUAUCAUCCGCCAAGGGUCUCACUUUCCACAACGAUGCCACGUGAACCACUGUUCGUGAGUAUGUCAUACUGAC